CUCGGCGUCCUUCAUCCACUCGACGGCUUCGUCCUCGUUGGUACAGCUCAGAAAGGUCAUGGGAUUCGACUCCGGGUCGGACCGGUGGCGCAAGAUCUUGAUGAUUUCGUCGAUGGCACGCUGGCCUCCGUUGGGCCUUCCGUCCCCAAAAAAGUAGCGGGCAAUGUUGUUGCCUUGGCCCCGAAGGAAAGACUCCUGGAGUUUUUCAAGGGCGGGCGUCGUUCCAGCCGGCUUGCGGGCAAAGACGGCGUCGAUAGACCGGUUGGCGUCCUCCAAAAAUGACUUCGGAUCCCGGCCCUCGCGCUUGAGUGAGAUUCGAUCCUUUCGGUUCAAAAACUCGAUACCGAUCUGCUCAAAGGGAACGUAGGCGAUGAUCUCGAUCAUUUCCUUGACCCGGAUCUCGGCUUCUUUCCACCGGCUCAUGGGCCUUCUCGUGGUCGGGUCGUUCGAGUCCGUGGGCAACUGCAUGCUGCCCGAGUCGUCGACGAUGAACUCGAGGCUUUGGUACUCGGAGAGCAGCAUAAGCUUGUUGGUCAGCCCGAUGGGGAUCUCGUACUUGGCUAAGAUGGCCCCGAGUUCAUCGAUCAUCUCGUCCGGUGCCAUUCCGGCUUCGGCGGCAAUCUCCGGUUCCUGGAGCAUCUCGAUCGUGGCGUUGGUGGAUUCCGCCAGGGGAAUCUCCUGCUUCAGGUCGUCGUUCAUGGUCAUGUGGUCAUCCAUGGAGGACACGAUGGGAAGGGCCUGGGCGCUGUUCACCACCGUUGUGGCGGGGGCGGGCGAUCCCGCGGCGGCGUUCUGGGCGUCCUUCCACCUCUUGUAUUCGGGGUUCAGUUUCAUGAUCCCGUUGAUCUUGGUGUACUUCUUUGGCGGCAUGGUGUUUGUUGGUUGCUGUUGAGGGGCCGGUGGUUUAGUGUACUGUACAACUUGUCUGUUGCUAUUGCUUGGUGGACUGAGUAGAAUCAGAUUCUAUCCUAUUGGAGUGGAGUUGAAUUGAAUUUAUGCCGAAUCCUCUCACUGUUUGCCGUCGUGAAACCUGUUGAUCGUACCGGUACGUGCUGUAGAAGAUUGAUUCGUGGACGAUGAUAUGCUACGGUCAUAGUAAGAAUAAGACAGUCCUUUCACA